UCGCGUUACCAGGGCAUGGCGUGCUGCGCUGCGAGCCCGAAUGGGCCAUAUGUCCACGCAACGGGUAUCGAUAGACCGGAAACGUAUCAGCGUACUCGUGCUCAUAGACACUCGAAGCGUACCUGCCAGUCGUUAAAGGGUUCAAAGGCGCAGCGACCUCAGAUUAGCCUGUUCAGGUCUGCCAGAGUCACGGUGCAUCCGCGGACGGAAUCUUAGACGGCCGAGUUUAAUAUUAAGGGUCGAGGCCCACGCAGCAUGAUGCUGUAUGUCUGCUGUUCCUACAGGCAAUA